GACGUUGGACGUAGUCAACCGGCAGACGAAAAGGUCGGCUCGAUCGAUCUCGGCGAGGAGACUUUCGGCGGCCGGGCCGACAUCGGGCUGGUGUGGGAAUCAGUGGUGCAGGAGAACGCGGCUGCGCGGCGCGGUACACACGGCACGAAGACGCGCGGAGAGGUACGCGGCUCCGGCAGGAAGCCGUGGCGGCAGAAGGGUACCGGCCGCGCGCGCGUCGGGGAGAUCCGCAAUCCGCUGUGGCGGACGGGCGGCACGGUGUUCGGCCCGCGGCCGCGCAGCUACGCCUACCCGUUGCCGAAGAAAGUGGUGCGCCGCGCCCUGCGGGCCGCACUGGUCCAGAAGCUGCGCGACGGCGCCGUGACCGUGGUCGAUGAGUUGUCCGUGGACGAACCGAAAACCAGUCAGGCGGUGGAGUUGCUGGCGCGGUUCGACGUGGCGGGUCGUGCGCUGCUGGUCGAUACGAAAUCCGGGGAGCACCUCAAGCGGGCGGUGCAGAACCUGUCGAAGGUGCGGGUCGUCGAUUCCAAUCAGGUGACCGCCCGGGACGUAGCGGCCGCCGCCCGGAUUCUCAUGACGCCGGCCGCGGUGGAGCAUCUCGAGAAGGUGUUGGCAUCGUGA